AUGCUGUUUUCGUGUCCUCCAAGUGAGCUAGUUUCGCAUAUUUUAGAAACACUUGCUUUCUCUGGUCAGCAUGGUAUUUCAUUAUUUGAAAUGUGGGAGAAAGUAGCACAUAAGUUGCAGCUGCCAUCAUUAGAUGACUUUCAAAAACAAGUAAUAUGGCAAUGGCUCUUUUUCUAUAAUGAAUCGGAUAUCAUACAUCAUCUGUAUAUAAUUGAUGGUGAUCGUCCUGUGGCGAUAUUGCCAAGCUAUAAGAGUUUCUUGGAAGAAGUGGGUUCUGAAAGAACCCUUAAAAUAAUGCCUAGUUCUGAAACGCAAUGGAGAUAUUUAACAGGUGUUGGAAAUUCAAAAAGAUUAAAGCUUCAACUAGGGGAGUAUCCAUUUCAAUUAUUAUGUGAAAUAGCAAAGUAUGGCCGGAAUGGCAUUUAUGCACCGGAUUUGUGUAAAGCUACAGGCCAAGAUCCUAGGUCGUUGACUUUAAGAUUACGAAAAUUAGAAGAAUUGGGGUUCAUCAUAAAGAAAAAUGUCUAUAAUGAGAAAUCUAGUCAACACACCAGUUUGUGUAUCCAUAAGAAAUUUAGUGAAGAUGAAAUUGAGUUGGCUCCUUCUGAUUUUGGUGAAGAUUUUGAUAGCUCAAGAAACGUUAGUAAAUUAAAGCAAUUCAUCAUGCAAUCAUUAAAAAAUGCGCCCAAUAAACUAAGAGGCUUUAAGGAUUUGAAAAGUGAGCUCAAGUUGGAUAACGGAAGGUCAUCAGGAAAGUUUUUUAGAAGUAUAAUUGAAUAUCUUCAUAAGCGUGGAUACGCAGAAAGGUUAAUGGUGAAAAACCCAAACCAGUCACAAUUAGUUUAUUGCAUCAAGUAUAUUAAAGAUAUUCCUAAAGAUGCGGAUGAAAUUUCUGAUUAUGUUGAUUUUUUUAAUGAGCUUGACGACAAUCCAAACCAAGAUGAUGAUGAUUAUGAAAAUGACAUAAUCCCAACAUUUAAUACUAUAUUUCCUCUAUCAAACCAACUAUAUCAAGGCAUUUUGAGUACAGAAAAACAUGGGGCUACGUCAAUGGAAUUAAUACGGAACUUGACGGGUUUAUCAGAUUAUCGCCCAAUUAUAAAAUUAUUGGAUUCGUUGACCAGUUAUGUAAUUGAUAAUGGAAAAUCAAAGGCUUUGAAAAAUUAUAGUGAUGCUUACGAUCAAACAGCUAUAAUUAGAGCAUAUGAUUUUGAAGGAAAGUUCAAGUUUUAUAGAUAUUUUAGUACGCAAUAUUCGGGAUCAUUACCUUCUGAAAAGCCAAAAUCUAGUAAGAAGACUACGUCGACAGUUGAAAAUAGUUCGCUUGAAAAUUUGAAUAAGAAAUAUUUUCAACCAUUAGGAAAAGUUCCUCAGGGAUCGUUAGUUAACUCUAAAAAAAGAAAACUGGAUGCUAACACCAAGAGAUCUCUUAAGAAAGCUAGAAUUAAUUCUACUGGAGAAGCCGAAAUUAAAAAGCCAAGGGGAAGACCAAAAAAAAAAGCUGAAAAUGGUACUAAUAACGUGGACGCUAUAGAAUCCUAUCCAAAAGCUUCUUUAUUACCAGGUAGUGAUGAAUAUCAGCUGGAUGGGAGAUCUUCAAUGGUUGAAACAAUUCCUUCAGAUGAGAAGGAAGAAUUCAAUAAUAGUGGUCCCAUAAGCUUAAGUGAUAUACUGUCCAUUAAGCCGCCAGCUGAUUCGGAUUUGAAACUUCAAAGAAAAAAGGUUGCAUCCUCUAAACCAUCUACACAUUCAGGAUCGCUAAAAGCAAUAAAAAGACGAACCGAGUUAAUAAAUAUAAUCAAAGAUUUAGGCGGAGUGACUUAUACUACGGCUAAUUUAUGCCGUCUAUUGGAUAAACGACUCCGCAAUUCAACUAUUACGGAUAAAAAAACCUUAGCGCGAGAUGUAUCGUUAUUGAUAAAUAAUGGCGAACUUGAAGUUCAAGAUAUUCAAUUUAUUAGAUCUGGACAGCCUAUUUCUAGGAAGCUAUUGAUAUUAACCUCACCUGAUCUCAAACCGCUGGAUGAAAAGAUUGAGGAGAUGAAACAACAAUGUUUGAUAGAUAAAGGGUUACGACCAAAUAAUCAACCAAGCAGACGUAUAAUUGAAGGUGAGGUUACUAUAUAUUCUCAACCUCAAAUAUCGUUAACCAAGAAGGAAAGAAAAGGUCGUUUGGAGUCGUUAUCUGAAAGAGACUCACAUGUGUCGGAGAAUAUUAAACAAAAGAAGGUUACUGUUAAAGAAGAGAACGAUUUAUCUACUAAGGUUGAUGUAAAACUUACUGAUGCAAAGGCUGGAGACCCACUUUCAUCUCUUGUCUCGUCUAAGUCAAAAAGGAAAAGGAAAGCAACAUCCAAAAAGGGAAAUGGAACAACUAGCAUAUCUAAUACCAAACAUCGUAUGCCUAUCAAGUUCGAUAAAUCCGACGCGACUACCUUAUAUAGGGCAGUUGUUAUUUCUCGGACUUUCAAAAGAGGAGCGAUUGAUUUUGAAAAAAUUGCUACGUUGUUCAAUGAUAUAAAUGCAAGCGAAAUCAAACUGAAAUGGACUCUGGUUAGAAAACUUGUUGGCGGAUUACCAGCGGUAAUGAAGGGUAUCGACUCAUUUGAGUAUGUCGUAAUGAGAGGUAUAGAAAAUGGGUUUGUAUCUGCUAGUGACUUAGAAACUAUUAAUAUUCAAUUCUUUUUGGAUUUAUGGAGGGACACGGACAGCUCAAUUUUAGAAGUGGUAGAUAAAUCUCCGUUGUAUGAUACUGUGAUUGAUAAUUUGGAAGAAUAUAUAUUUUCAGAAUACAGUGACCAUCAGCAAGACUUAUUUGAACAACUUGAAGAUAAUUCAAUGAGACGUAAAGAAGCAAUUCUUUCUAAUACAAAUUUCGCUUAUGAUAAGAUACCGGAAGUUAAAAAAGAAAAGUACGAUGAGCACAGAACUGUUUUGAAGGCUAUAUUUGUCACACCGGAAGAUAGAUUUUCUAGUGAUAGAGUGAAUCAAAUAUUAUCCGAAUAUGAUGACGAAGCUAUAAAAGAAGCGUCAUUAGCGCUCAUUAAAGAUAAAGAACUUUCACAUUCUUUGGAUGACUCGAAUACGAGAUUUAUUUUAACCGAUAGAGUUCAUAAUGCGUUUAUCCUGAAGAUUUUUACUAGUAAAUUUUUCAAUCAGGCUGCCGAGUUUAAGAAUAAUAUGCUAAUUGUAUCAGAAGCAUCCAAGGGCCUUAUUUUAUCGCAUGGUAUUCUAAGUGGUCAAAUGGCAACGCUUUUGCAUUUUCUUUCAGACGAAGUUGUUGAUUUGAUUCGUGUCGAUAAGCCGUACAAAUUCAACGGGUAUGAAUCAAGAUUGAUUGAUAAAGAAAAGUUAGCUUGUGAUAUCAUUGCAACCGGUAAUUAUUCAGAUAUAAAGAAAGAAAAUCUUAAGAGUACGCCAAUACCAACAGGAAAAGCUUGCUCUCACAUAUGGCUUGAUUUGAAUGGAAAUAUUAAUACUCAAAUGUGGACAAAGAUUAUCAUAAGCAUCCUUUAUUAUAUAGUGUUCAGGCCAGGUGUGCCCGAAUUUAUUAUUUAUUCGAAGUUGCGGCCAGUAUUAGGGUAUUCAGAUUUUCAUUGUGUCAUGAAGUGGCUUUCGAAAACUAAUUGUAUACACAAGGGCAAGAACCAAGGCUAUUGGGUAAAGAACGAUUGGUUUUCUAUUCUAGGUUAUUGA